UCUGCCUGAGCGAGAUGAACGACGGUCUCUGGUUCUGAGGCUUUUAUUUUUGCAAGCCGGAAGCACCGCAGUGACGUGCUGACGUCACUCCAUAAGACGCUUCACGCUCGCAGGAACUCGUGCGUGAGUUUCCACAACAAACAUGUCGGACGAACACCCGGAUCUGGACCAGUCCAUGGAGGGACCGCCUGCUGUAUCAGAACCCGCCCACGCGGAGUUCGGGCUGAGCGACAACAUCCAAAGGGCGGGGGAGGGGGACAAGUCCGGCGCCGACAAGCUGUCCAAGCAGAAGGUGGACCUGCAGGCGCUGCCCACGCGGGCCUACCUGGACCAGACCGUGGUUCCGAUUCUGCUGCAGGGCCUGUCUGUGCUGGCCAAGGAGAGACCCCCCAACCCCAUCGAGUUCCUGGCCGCGUUCCUGAUGAAGAACAAAGUCCAGUUUGAGGACCGGAGCUGAGACGGGCCGGUCCCAGCAGAACCGCCCGGACCUGUCUCUGCCCCGAAUCAUUCAAAUAUCCCAAAUCCAUGCGAAUGCCGAGCAGCACCGCCUCGACCGACCCAGCCCACCAGAACCGGGUCAGAGUCCGGGCGACUUCAGAACCUCAGAACUUUACUGGAAUCACUUUGUUUCAUUAAAAUUGUUCUUUUUUUGUAUUAAAUACGAGGCAGAACCAAAACGA